CGCAGAGCUCCGAGAGGCCCAGCCGAAGAGCGGGCGGCUGCGGCCGUCCCUUCCCCCUCCCCUCGUCGCGCACGCAGGGAACCCGUCGCCGCGGCUGCUUCGGCUGCGGCGGUCGGUCGUCGCGAUGGACAGUCCGUGGAAUGAGCUGACCCUUGCCUUUUCUCGUACUUCCAUGUUUCCCUUUUUUGACAUCGCCCACUACCUGGUGUCGGUGAUGGCACUGAAGCAUCAGCCGGGAGCAGCGGCGAUGGCAUGGAAGAAUCCUCUGUCAAGCUGGUUUACUGCUAUGCUCCACUGCUUUGGUGGAGGAAUUUUAUCUUGUGUACUGCUUGCGGAGCCUCCAUUGAGGUUUCUUGCAAACAACACUAAUAUAUUACUGGCAUCUUCAAUCUGGUAUAUGAUUUUUUUUUGCCCCUGUGACCUUGUUUCCCAGGGAUAUUCAUUCCUACCUGUUCAACUCUUGGCUGCGGGAAUGAAGGAAGUGACCAGAACUUGGAAAAUAGUAGGUGGAGUCACCCAUGCUAAUAGCUAUUACAAAAAUGGCUGGAUAAUCAUGAUAGCUAUUGGAUGGGCCCGAGGUGCAGGUGGUAGCAUUAUCACGAAUUUUGAGCAGUUGGUAAAAGGCUGUUGGAAACCAGAAGCUGAUGAAUGGCUGAAGAUGUCCUACCCUGCCAAGGUAACCCUGCUGGGGUCAGUUAUCUUCACAUUCCAGCAAACCAACCAUCUGGCAAUAUCAAGGCAUAAUCUUAUGUUCCUCUAUACUAUGUUUCUUGUGGUCACGAAGAUAACCAUGAUGAUUACAGAGACUGCUGUUAUGCCUUUUGCUUGUUUUGAGGAUACAUUGAAUCGGAUCCUGUUUGGCUGGCAGCAGCAGUUUUCAUCAUGUGAAAAGAGAAGCGAAACAAAAUCGUCUCUCAAUGGUACUGGUUCAUCGACCUCAAAACCUAUAGCUGAUGCUUCAGAUAAAGUUCAAAAGAAACAUACUAAGAAGACUGAGUAAAUUUACUUGAUGAGCUUUAGAAGGCAAAAAAUUUUCUUUUUCUUAUCUACCUGUCAGAUUGUGAUAAAUAUUUCUAUGUAAAUGAUGUAAAAUAAAGAUUAUAUAUAAGGAUUGGAGGUGACAAAAAGAAAGAACUUUUUCUGUUUCAGGGAGACUGUCCCUUUCUGGAUUGAAAUUUCCUGAGUGUUAUGAGUGUAUCAUGUGAAAUGGUUUUUCUAAGUUAUAUAUAAAAGAUUCUAUUGUGAUUUUUAAAAUAGUUUUAUAUUGAUAAAAGGCUAGUGUUUUUGAAUGUUAGAAAAAGUAAACCUACUGUCAUUGCAAAAUAACAAAAAUUAAAGUUUUAUUGUUUAAUCUAGAUAUUUUCAUGUUUUUUAUUUGAAUCUAUUUGAGCUUUAGUUUAGCAAAAUUAAACUUUUAUUACACAUUACCAUUAUAAUUCUUAGAUAUGGAAAACAAUUCCUGUUUAAUUUUGAGUACUAGGAAAAGUAAACUUUACCUAAGUCACUUUAUAUUAUGAAUGAAAAUAAAUUAUUAGCUUAUAUUUCA